ACCAACAUUGCGAGCAUUGCGUUAUUUCGUGGACAGGCUGUAGUGAUUAUCAUGUUAAUAUGGUCGGCAGCCUGUAUGAGGCAGUACACAGGGCCAAACUAGGAUGACUGGCAUUGAUAGUGGUCAGUCGGGGCACAUCAAAAUAGCGUGUGGUAAAACUAUAGGACUUGCAGUCAACGAACAGCAGUGCUGUUAGUCUGAUUGUGGAACGCAGCUACCAGCAAUGGUAAACCUGCUGGGGCUACUUGCAGCAGUCUAUUCAGUGGUCUUGUGCAGAUGUGUACUUCGGUGGUCUUAUGCAGAGGUGUAUUUCGGCGAUCUACUUAUACUGGUCUGCUUCGAUCUAUUUCCAAUGGUCUACCUCGGCACGCUCGUAGUCAUAUGCCACCAGUGGUCUGCAGUGGUCGAACGAAAUCACCGAUGCACUGGCCACGGCCUGGGCUCACCAUUCAUAUUACCAGAUAUGGGGGCCCGAUCUAUAAGCAUGCAGAACCGUAAGAAGAUUCCGGGGCGCCCCAAAGCGGAUGUGCCGUGGUGCCGGAAUGUGCACAUCAUGUACUAGUGGACCGGCCGCGUCGAGUACUUCCGGCCAUCUUCGGGGCACGUGCCCUGAAUUCCUUCACGGACAAAUAAAGACCAUGGAGCCGUUUGGCA